AUGAAAGCUGGGUUUAUCGGGGUUGGCAACAUGGGCAACCCCAUGGCCGCCAACAUGAUCAAGGCUGGGCAUGAGCUCACCGUCCACGACCUCCGUCGCGAGUCUGCCAUCAACCUGCUGGAACUGGGCGCCCAGUGGUCCGACACCCCAGCCGGCUGCGUCUCCGGCAACGACGCGGUGUUCACGUCUCUGCCUGUGCCCCGCGACGUCGAAGCCGUGGUGAUGGGCGAGAACGGCAUCAUGACCGCCGCCGGCUCUGGCGAUGUCUACGUCGACCUGUCUACCAACUCGCCCACCGUUAUUCGGCGCAUCCAUGAAGAGUGCGCUGCCCGCGGCGUCACCGUGUUGGAUGCCCCGGUCAGUGGCGGUGUGUACGGCGCGGCCGCCGGCACCCUCGCCGUCAUGGUCGGCGGCGAUGAGGAAACCUACAACACCGUCAAGCCCAUGCUCGACGCCAUCGGCGCUCACGUCGUCUACUGCGGCGAGAUCGGCAACGGCAUGGUCACCAAGAUCUGCAACAACCUGCUCUCCAUGGGCAUCGGCGUCCUGAUGUCCGAAGCCCUCACCCUCGGCGUCAAGGCAGGCGUCUCCCUGGAGACUCUCGCCGACGUCAUCGCCAACAGCAGCGGCGGUAACCGUCGCCUCACCGAAAAAUUCCCGCGCUAUCUGUUCUCCGAUAACUUCGAGCCCGGCUUCGCCACUGCCCUGGCCGCCAAGGACGUGCGCCUUGCCACCGACCUCGGCCGCGAAUACGGCAUCCCCAUGGAACUCUCCAACCUUGUCGACCAGCGCCACGUCGAAGCCCUCUUCCGCGGCUGGGGCCCCGAGGACUCCGACGCCGUCGCCAAGCUUCAGGAAGAAAAAUCCGGCGUCCAACUCCGCUUCGGCAACAUGGGGGAUAGCUGA